AUGGGGGUUGGCUUGCAGCAAGUGCGCAACUACCGUGGUUUCCAGAACGACGAAAGUAAAGUGGUUGCGUUUGACCUUCUGCAUGAACCCAAGGAAUACGUGAAGCAUUUUGAGCGGUAUGCGACAAGUGUUGUUUCGAUUAUUGGGUUUGGGAGACGGGUUGCUACGUUUACGGAUCCUAUUAUUACGGAAGUCAUUGCGGUUAUGCAGCGUGCGGCGGAGUUGAAUGUGCCAGGGAAGACUUUCCCUAUGCUGAUGGAGUCGUUUCCUUUCCUCGCCAAGUUUCCAAACUGGAUGGCACCCUGGAAACAAGGUCUGGGAAAAGGACAAGGACGCGGUAGACCAUUCUUCUACGCCUUAGCCGAAGAAGCAGUGAACAACCCCAACUUGGAAAAUUGCUACGCAAGGAAGAUAUUCGAAGAAGCACCCAAACACAAUCUCUCCCGCCAGGAAAUAUCCUCACUCUCAGGCAACCUCUUCGGCGCAGGAAGCGACACCUCAAGCUCAACGCUAGUAACCUUCGUGCUCGCCUGUUGCGCCUUCCCCGAAACACUAACAAAAGCAUGGGAAGAACUCGACCGGGUAGUGGGGCCACACCGGAGUCCAACGUUCCAGGACGAAGCGGAUCUGCCGUACGUGAAAGCAUUCGUGAAGGAAGUGCUACGGUGGCGAUCGGUAGCCAUCAUUGGAGGGCAGCCACACGCGCCGAUCAAGGACGAUCAUUAUAAGGGAUGGCUGAUCCCGCGCAACACCUGGGUCCAGGGAAACGUGUGGGCCAUACAUCACCACGAGCGAGAAUUCCCCGAUCCGGACCGCUUUAAUCCGGAUAGAUAUGUCAAGGAUAGUCCGGAUCAAAGGCCGUUUCCCGGCGAGAAGGGCUAUAUGACCUUUGGCUGGGGGCGGAGAGUGUGUAGUGGGCAGGGGUUGGCUGAGCAGGGGACGUUCAUCACCAUCGCGAGGCUAAUAUGGGGGUUUCGGAUUGAGAAGGCUUUGGAUGAUCAGGGUUGUGAGAAGCCCGUGGAUAUCUUUGAUUAUACUAAUGGCCUGAAUAUGAGACCCAAUCCUUUCGACUGCCGGAUCACUCCGCGCAAUACAGAGAUCCGUGCUGCUAUCGAACGGGAAGGUCGACAAGCGUUGCAGGAUUUGUCUCGGUAUGAUGGUGAAACUCAAUAUCGCAUGAGUACAUAUUACGCAGCGGAGAAACUCUGA